AUGAUCCGGGCAUUGGCUCUUUGGACGUGGGCGUUGACGGCGCUCGUGGUUCCUAUCUCAGCGAGAGAUACGGGGGAGCUAGCUGCUGACCUUUUCUCAGACGUUGCACCGAUCUUGGCACUCUUCGGCGAGAAGUUUGCGCAGCAAUUCGCAGGCGAGAGCCUGACAUGGCUUGAUAACCUCAUUUUCGCCAUGGUGCCCCUCGGAAUAAUCACGACUCUUGCAGGCGCGAUCCGAGUCCAGGGGCAUCGGCUACUCAGGGCCUUUAUUGGUCGAGCUCGCGAAAACAGGGCAGUCACGGAGCUCGAGCUAAUGUCGUCCACGUCAAAAGAAGUCUGCGAACUCUUCAAUGGCGAAUCCGUUGUGCGAGCUCUUGGCCAGCCACGCCUGGCACAGUUUAUCAUCUUCCCUGAUCUAUAUGACGAGUACGGUAUCAAACGCGAUGAGAAUGCCAAUCGCACCGACAGCGUCACUGAAGAUUCCUGCGGUAUUCAUACCCUGGAAAUGGCUGUGAAGAAUAAUCUCAUAGGCAAAGAGCUGCUUCACAGUCAUAUGCAUCAGUUAAUAGCACGCAAAAUCAGUGGAAUCAGCAAGAUCAAUUCCCACGCGAGGCAGCCGGAUCUGGAAACAGCGCGCCAGCAAUCAGAGGCAGGAAAUGAGACAGUCGGAAAUAUGGCAAUUGAAGACGUUUUGUCGUGUUUAGGGGCGCCAAACUUUCAGCUCAACUUGUCAUCCGACCCCAUUCGAAGUGAACGGAAGAGACUGGAUCGGGCUAUUGCGGGCUUCUUGUCUGUUGUGGUUCAAGCAGGGCUGCUUGUCAUUGCUGGCGUCGUCUCAUACUUGGGGCCUGCAGAUGAAGCCGUCAUGUCGGAAUGGCAGCCCUAUGGUUUUGGGUGCUAUAGCGGAGGGUCCUUCCUUCUUGUGUUUGGCAUGUGGAUAUGUGCCCAUGUGAUCCAGAGGAAUACUGUCGAGUUCUGCUGGACACGGAAGGCAGGAGCCCCCGAGUCAACUCCUCUCGAGAUGCAAACAAGGCAGGACCUUUCCGUCGAAAAUCUGCAGUCUUUUCCAGGAGGCGAUGAAGAACAUACCGAGAUUUCUAAACCGGAUGACGAGACUGAACACAAUCACAAGGUCAAGCCGAAGCUUCGCAUCUUUUGGCUUCAACAAAGCCACAGUGUCAACGAUCAGAUAUUUCAACCCGUCGUCAUUCCGGCCGGGGCGGCAGAUCAUAUCGUCACAUCAACUCCGAUCGACUGCUUCGCAGAAAAGUCUCCGCAUUGCGCGGAUGAUAAGAUCCAAAGUUCAAAGCGUCCGGGCCUCUAUCGCUUCAAGAGUUCGCUGAAUGAGAUCGUAAGUCUCCAUGGCAUCUCAAUACGCCUCCUCCUCCUCUGA